AUGAUCCGUGAGGCCUCUUCCUUAGCUACCGGUGAUGAGUCAGAUUUGGUAUCUCCACCUCCACGUCAUGAGAAAUGGAAGAGAGCUCGCACUAAGCCAUCAGGAGAAUACACUUCGGAAGAAACUCGACUUGUAGCGGAGAAGAUUGAUAACUUAGUGGAAAAAAGCUCUCAAGGAUCAUUCACUCAAGAAGGCCGGGAUGACAUAUUAGCGGUUGCCAUUGGACGUCUGGAGCAUCCAGGAUAUAUCCGUGGUGUUGGACGAGGGGUAGGACUCAAGCAAUUCUUUGGUGGUCCUACUCGAAAGGUUACUUUAUCACAACUUAGUGAAUCCGAUAAAAAGGUGUUAAAAAAUGAGUUUAAGAAAGAAUUGUUCCCAGAAUUGAGGGAUGAGUUAUUGGCAGAAAUCAAAUCAGAGAUGGCACCCAUAGGAUUGGCUAUUCAAGUUCCACCAAAGGGGGCUUCUCAUGUUGCUAGCACAAAGGGGAGUUGUCCUCUUCCUGAGGAAUCAGGGGAUGGUGCUGAUGUCCCUGUUGAUUGUGAAUUGUAUGUUGAUGAUCCCCACUUGCAUUUGGUGGCUUUAGGUAAAUUUAACACAAGUGUAUCAUUGCUAUCAUUGCUGAAUCAUUUAAAUCUACAUCCACAUUCCUGAUAUUUAAUCAUUUUGAAAUCUGCAA